UGUGAACUCCUGUACCUUCACACCAGAUUAAACCUCACGGGUAAGUUUUCAAAACAGAUUUUGGUGUGUUGGCCUUCCUUUUCUCUCUGGUGUGAAGGAAGCUCCUCCACGGGAAGGAAGAUCCCCGUGCUGCUCCCCAUCAAUGACAGGGAGUGCGUGAGCGGGUUAUGGGCAAGUCCGAAAGCCAGAUGGAUAUAACUGAGGUGAGCGCUCCCAAGCCGAAGAAGAAGGGCCGAUGGAGUGGCCUGGAGGUCGGGCUGGCCGUGGUGGCAGCGCUCUUGGCCAUCGUGGCCGUCACCAUGAUCGUCCUCUACGCCACCUACGACGAUGGGGUUUGCAAGACAGCAGACUGCAUAAAAUCAGCUGCCCGGAUCCUGGAGAACAUGGACAGCAGUGCCCAGCCCUGCGGGGACUUCUACCAGUUUGCCUGCGGGGGGUGGCUGCGCAGGAACGUCAUCCCCGAGACCAGCUCCCGUUAUAGCAACUUUGACAUUUUGAGAGACGAACUAGAGGUCGUUCUGAAAGAUGUCCUCGACACCCCCAGCACCAAGGACAUCCCUGCAGUGCAGAAGGCAAAAACUCUGUACAGGUCCUGCAUUAAUGAAACUGCCAUUGAUAGCAGAGGUGGAAGGCCUUUAAUCAGUUUAUUGCCAAAUGUGUCUGACUGGCCUGUAGCAUCAAGUGACUGGGAGGCUUCCUAUGGUACUGCCUGGACAGCUGAGGCAGCUAUUGCACAGCUCAACUCCAGAUAUGGCAAAAAGGUCCUUAUUAAUUUUUUUGUGGGCACAGACGAUAAGAAUUCCACAGCACACAUCAUCCAUAUUGACCAGCCUGGCCUGGGCCUGCCUUCCCGGGACUACUACGAGUGCACUGGGGCAUACAAAGAGGCAUGUUCUGCCUAUGUUGAUUUCAUGAUUUCUGUAGCCAAACUAAUCCUAAGAGAAAGAAACAUUUCUGUCAAUGAGGAUGAGAUUUCUCGGGAAAUGAAUACAGUUAUGGACCUGGAGAAAGAGAUUGCCAAUGCAACAACAAAAUCUGAAGACAGAAAUGAUCCACUUUUGCUGUACAAUAAAAUGACACUGGCACAACUCCAAAGCAACUUCUCAUUGGAAAUCAAUAACAAGGCAUUCAACUGGUCAGAAUUCAUCAAUGCCAUCAUGUCAACUGUGCAGAUCAGCGUGGCCAGCACCGAGCACGUCAUUGUUUAUGACCCCGACUACCUGCUCAAGCUCAGGUCCAUCCUCAGCAAAUACACCCCCAGAGACCUCCAGAAUUACAUGACCUGGCGGUUUGUGAUGGACCUUGUCAACAGCCUCAGCCGGGACUACAAGGACACCAGGAAUGCUUUCCGCAAGGCACUCUAUGGCACAACCUCCGAGACAGCAGUUUGGCGUCGCUGUGCCAAUUAUGUCAACGGGAACAUGGAGAACGCCGUGGGACGGCUCUACGUGGAGGAGGCCUUUGCUGGGGACAGCAAACACGUGGUUGAGGAAAUGAUUGCAGAUAUACGUGAUGUUUUUAUAAAAACCUUGGAUGAACUUUCCUGGAUGGAUGCAGAGACCAAAAAGAGAGCAGAACAAAAAGCAAGAGCAAUCAGAGAGAGGAUUGGUUACCCUGACGAGAUCGUGACAGACGACAACAAGCUCAACAGUGAGUACCAGGAGUUGAACUACAAAGAAGAAGAAUACUUUGAAAACAUUAUUCAAAAUUUAGUAUUUACCCAGAAGAAAAGGUUGAAAAAGCUCAGAGAAAAGGUGGACAAAGAGGAGUGGAUAAGCGGAGCUGCUGUUGUCAAUGCUUUUUACUCAGCAAGUAGAAAUCAGAUAGUCUUCCCUGCAGGCAUUCUGCAGCCCCCUUUCUUCAGUGCCUCCCAGCCCAAGUCCCUGAACUACGGUGGGAUAGGGAUGGUCAUCGGGCACGAGAUCACCCACGGCUUCGACGACAACGGCAGGAAUUUCAAUGAGAACGGAGACCUGGUGGACUGGUGGACGGAGGAGUCAGCAACCAACUUCAAGGAGCUGUCCCAGUGCAUGGUGUACCAGUAUGGGAACUUCUCCUGGGACCUGGCCGGGGGACAGAACCUCAGUGGAAUCAACACACUGGGAGAAAACAUUGCUGAUAAUGGAGGUGUGAGACAAGCAUACAAGGCCUAUGAAAACUAUGUGAGAAAGCAUGGAGAAGAAAAACUUCUUCCUGGUCUCGACAUGAACCACAAGCAGCUGUUUUUCCUGAAUUUCGCACAGGUGUGGUGUGGAACGUACAGACCAGAAUAUGCCGUGAACUCCAUCAAGACGGACGUGCACAGCCCAGGCAAAUUCAGGGUCCUCGGAUCACUGCAGAACUCUCCAGAGUUUUCUGAAGCCUUUUCCUGCACCACAAAAGACAACAUGGAUCCCGCUAAGAAGUGCCGCGUUUGGUGACAGACUGCAAACCUCCCAUCCCGAGGAGCUUCCCAGGAAAAGAGACACUUCCAGCCAAUUUUGAGAAGGGGAGGAGGGAAGAAAACUGAGGGGAAUAUGCUAGAGUAGUCACUGUAAUUGUUGGUAAACAUGCAAACCCCAAAUCAUCACCCACCAAAGCAUCCCAGGAGGACUCAGGCAGCCCUGAGCUGCUGGAGCUGACUGGCUGCCUCUCCCCCACGGAACCCUGUAGGAUCCAGCUCACUGACCAUGUACAGCAACAUGCACUGUAGUUUAACCCUGUUCCCCACAGCCAGUGGCUCUCUGGAUUCAUUCUGAGAUGUCAAAGUCUAACCCGUGGUCUCCCAGCGGUCAGUGAGUGCCCAGCUGUGGCCAGGGGAGGAAGGAAAUGCUCAGUAACACCCGGCUUUGGCCAUCACAACACGACAGAGAAACGACAGCUCACAGCCCAGUGUCAGACUUUGUACCCUCUGCUGUUACGGGAAAUCUGCUCUACCAAAUGUUUCAUCUUUACUUGAAACCAUUUAUACAAGAGGAGUCCAAAGACCUGCUGUACUUAGAUAACUUCUCACUAAUUACUCCAGCGUGUAUUAUCUGAUGUCACUAUUUACAACAGUUUAUUUACUGCUUUCCAGCCCAACUGAAAUUGUAGGUAAUUUAAUUUUUGAACCUAUAAUCUGUAAGAUUGUGAUCAAAGACCCUUUCACAGUUUUCUAAGCUUUUUCUUGCUUUCUCUAAAGUUGCUCUUUUUAAAAGUUUCUAGUAAUGUAUAAAUCAUAGUUUUUAUAUUUAAAUCUGAGCUACACUUUUGACUUGAAGUAAUGUAAUAUAUUUUAUCAGUGGCUGCAUAGAACUGGGAAAUUUGAGUAAAGCAUGGUAUUGGGCAAUAAGAUAAAGCCUCCAGAACUGAGUUCUCCAGUGGAGUGCACUGAUAUUGGAGUUUUCAGGCUGAUUUCCCAGUGCUUAGGGUCUGAUCCUGCACAUAACUUGUACGUGUUCUGGUCGAUGUCAGUCCUCACAGCAGGAAAUCUGCACAGCUGAUCGCAAGAGUCAGGAGGAGCUUUAAGUAAGAGGGUAAAAGGCUUUAAAUCUGCAAUGAUAUGUAUUAAACAUCCUCAUGCAGAUUGCAAAGGAACUUACUGCUUUGUGUAUCAAAGCAAAGACAUUACCAAACCAAGUACCAGAUACCUCAGAUGACUGCUACAAUAGGUCUAUUUAAAAACCUAUGUCCUUUUAGCUUUCUGAGUUCGUCAUCUGAUCAAAACAUUUUGAUAAUAAACUGAAAUUAUGAGCCAAA